UGGCUUAGUUCACACAGUUAUCUGUGAUAGAUUUGUCAGUGAAAAUAGAUUUGUACUAAGUAUGUUUGAUGUAUAUAAGUGGGACCUGAGUCCCAAAGCAGUUUAUGUUUGGUCUGCAGCAUCAGUUGCGUAUGGCUCACUCUGACCACAAUGUUUAAAGCAUUGACACUUGCAUGCAUCUUAGCACUUUGGAUUGGGGUAGACGCCUUAGAUAAUGGUCUGGCGCUUACCCCACCCAUGGGAUGGAUGGCAUGGGAAAGGUUUCGUUGCAAUGUCGACUGCACAAAUGACCCGGAUAACUGUAUAAGUGAAUCCCUCUUCAUGACAAUGUCGGACUUGCUAGUGAGUGAAGGAUACGCUGAUGCAGGAUAUGAGGUGGUGUCUCUUGAUGACUGCUGGCUUGCAGAUGAGCGUGAUGUUGAUGGCAAACUCCAACCAGAUCCUCUACGUUUCCCAUCUGGUCUGAAAGCCUUGGGAGAUUAUAUCCAUGCUAAAGGGUUGCUGUUUGGCAUGUAUGAAGAUUAUGGCACCCACACUUGUGCAGGUUAUCCAGGUAUUUUAGGUCACCUAGAGACUGAUGCAAACACUUUCGCUGAGUGGGGCGUUGACUACCUUAAACUGGAUGGCUGUUAUGCCGAUCCAAAGGACAUGGACGCAGGCUAUCCAGAAUUUGGACAAUAUUUGAAUGCUACAAACAGGCCAAUUGUGUAUUCCUGUUCAUGGCCAGAUUAUCAAAGGGAGGAGGGAAUGACUCCGGACUGGGAAUCUAUCAUAAAGACUUGCAACCUUUGGAGGAAUUUUGAUGAUAUUCAAGAUUCUUGGGCAUCUGUUACAAGCAUCGUUGACUACUAUGGUGAUAAUCAAGACAGUAUUAUUCCAAAUGCAGGUCCUGGACAUUGGAAUGACCCUGACAUGUUGAUAAUUGGUAACUUUGGUCUAAGUUACGACCAAGCAAAGGUGCAAAUGGCAUUGUGGGCUAUCUUGGCUGCACCGCUCAUCAUGUCUAAUGACUUGAGAGAUAUUGAUCCUAAAUUUAAAGCUAUUCUUCUGAACAAGGAAAUAAUUGCUGUUGAUCAGGACAAACUUGGCAUACAAGGAAGACGUCUUUCUAAGGUGAGUUUGUCAUCUAUUGUUCAAGUAUAUCAGAGAGCUGUGGUUGGAGGGUCGUUGAUGUCUUAGAAGGGUGAAAGUCAU